AUGGCACUUGCUGGGCACCGCCUUAUCUCAAGCUCAUCAUCAGCUACUGUAACUGCCAUUUCAUCGUUCCCUCCAAAACCAAAACCCCCAAUUUCAAAUCACAACUUCUCCUCCAACCAUGAAAUUCCAAACUUCUUACACAGUCGCAGAGACGUUGCUUUGCUCUCCUUCAUCGCUCUAAUUCCUUCUCUUUCGCGACCCGACCCGGCAUUCGGACUCUCCUUCGGCAUUUCAGGACCAAAGGAUUGGCUCCGAGAACAAAAGAAGAAGGCCUCCAGGUUCCUCUUGGCCCCAAUUGAGGCCUCUAGAGAGAGCCUCCUCACUGCUCAUCGAAUACUCACGGCUACCGAUUCUAAUAGUACAAAUGAAGAGAUAGAGGAGGUUCAGAGACUAUUUAAAUCUGCUGCGAGGGAUUGCGUUCCAGAAGACAGGAAUUCAUUUGUUGCAUUUCAAGCCAAUACAGGGGUUGAGGUUUGCACAUUCCGUCUGGUUGUAAAGAAUGCGGCGUCGUUGCUUGGUGAUAAGGAUCCUGUAAAAUUGGAAGCUGAAUCCGUGCUAAAUGAUCUUAUAAGAUCAUUCACUUUUCUUAAUGUUCUGGUAAAUGAGACUGACGUUCAAUUUGCCUCUGAAAGAAAGAAGGUUGCAGAUUCUCUCAUGGAUACCAUAUCAUCCCUAGACAAAUUUGAGCAGGGAAUUAAGGACUGUCUUGAAGCUUGA